AUGCGAAGUGCUACGUCGAUGAAUCCGUACUUGGCCAGUCGGCCCGCCACGCUCGCCCUGGGGAAGCUUCUUUUCCUGCUCCUCGCUCAAAUUCCGGCAUUGACUGCUGCUGCUCCCACCACUCUUCAUGGAGUAUGGGCGAAACAUAUCGGCGAGGGGAAGGACUCUGAAGAUCCGGAGUUGUGGCUUUACUUGACGAUCUCGGUGGUACUGGUCCUAUCGGGCGGGGCAUUUGCGGGAUUGACCAUCGCGUUGAUGGGUCAGGACGAAAUCUACCUACAAGUUAUUGCAUCAUCGGGCGAAGAAUCCGAGAAGGAAUACGCUACCGCCGUGCUGAAGCUUCUGAAGAAAGGAAAACACUGGGUUCUUGUGACGUUACUACUGAGCAAUGUCAUAACUAAUGAAACACUCCCUAUCGUCCUAGAUCGUUCACUAGGCGGUGGCUGGCCUGCAGUCGUGGGGAGUACUGUAUUGAUCGUCAUCUUCGGCGAAGUCGUUCCGCAAUCGAUCUGUGUCCGCUAUGGUUUACCAAUUGGUGCAUGGAUGGCGCCGUUCGUGCUGUUGCUCAUGUACCUCAUGUCUCCAGUAGCGUGGCCUGUUGCCAAACUGCUCGACAGACUUCUAGGCGAAGACCAUGGAACCGUGUACAAAAAGGCCGGUUUGAAGACAUUGGUGACAUUACACAAAUCCUUGGGCGCCGCGGGUGAACAAUUAAACUCAGAUGAAGUUACCAUCAUAAGUGCAUGCUUAGAUCUGAAAGAGAAAGCUGUUGGAACUAUCAUGACCCCAAUGGAGGAUGUCUUUACGAUGUCUGCAGAUACUGUUCUAGAUGAAGCUAUGAUGGAUCUCAUUCUAUCGCAAGGAUACUCUCGUAUUCCCAUCCAUGCAACUGAUAACGAGCGCAAUUUCGUGGGCAUGCUGCUGGUCAAAAUGCUCAUUACCUACGACCCAGAAGACUGCAAAAUGGUUCGCGACUUCGCGCUCGCUACCCUGCCCGAAACACGUCCGGAAACGAGCUGCUUGGAUAUCGUCAAUUUCUUCCAGGAAGGAAAGUCUCACAUGGUUCUUGUGUCAGACUAUCCAGGCGAAGACCACGGGGCUCUUGGUGUUGUCACACUUGAAGAUGUUAUUGAAGAACUCAUUGGCGAGGAGAUUAUCGAUGAGUCUGAUGUGUUUAUCGAUAUUCACAAGGCUAUUAGACGAUUGACUCCCGCGCCAAAAGCACGAGUUCCAAAGGGCCGCAUUGUCGAAGAACCUCCUUCCUUACCCGAUAGUGCAGUUGAUGACCUCCAUACCCACCUCAGUCUGUCCAAGACCCAGAGUGCUGGUAGUGAACCUCGCAGAUUGAGUUCAAGCAUGAUUCAUCCCCCCGGGCCCAAGUUCACUCUUCGCAACAAUCAAGGUGCCCCCGAACAAUUGGUCGUAAAGCGAGGAACAGACGAUAUUCGCGAGCAUCUGAAACACCUCGGACCGUCUAACUUGGCUAGUCGACCUCGACAGACACGGUAUCAAAAUGUCAAAAUUAAGGCGCCAGGAACAUCGCCAACUCGAUCAGGCAUGACAGACGCGGAAUCGGGAAGACCUCCGAGCGAACAACUCAGGCGUCCUUCUGAAGUCGCAAGUAACGGCAGUGGUAUUGGCUCGAAGCUUCUGCAAUCGCCUUCGUUCCAAGCGAAAGACGGCGUGCACGCAGUACAAGUACAACAAGGCUAUGGAACUAUUACCGGGGCCGUGGCUUCAGCAGUUUCUCCUGAAGACUGCGAUCAGAGACAACGGACCAAAGACCUCCUUGCCGAAUGCCGGUUUGAGAGAGACAGCGGCAUCUUAUCCUCUCCUCAUCGUACACCAAGGGGAAGCAAACCCAGUAGCGUCUCAUCCGUUGGACACCGACGAACCGAUUCCUUCAGACACGGCCCCGCUCGAAGUGGAAGCAUUACGGAACAAGUCAUCGAUGUCAACGGAGUCCGAAAAGUUGUUCUUCAGACAACCAGUAGCAGCAGUUCAUCCGGUGAUGAAGCAUCGACAAGCAAAGAUAAAACAUCCCCCUCAACACAGAAUCGUCCUGUUCCUCAAAUAAUAGCCGAAAUAACCUACGAGCAUGCAAUCGAGUCCGAGUACGACGAUGGGUCCGCUAGUACAUCCAAGAAGAAACGUCGAAGACGUAAGAAGAAGAAGCCAGCCAACGAGGAUCCCGAGAAUGCACCACUUCUAUCGAAGUGA